AAACACUAUACUGUUAUGUGCGUGCGUUCUUUAAUGUGAUCACCAAUUCGAGCGAGAAGGAAGAAGAGAAAUGAAAUGAAACCAAUACACCGUAUUAAACAACUGGGCAAAAUAUAAAAAUUAACCGUUCAUUGGGGAACAUCUACAUACAUCCUAUGUGAAUGUAUGCUAUCUAUGAAAAAAAAAACAUUUGGUAUCGAUUCCUUACUCACUCAACUUAAUUCAUUCACUACUCAAUAAACUGCAAAUACCCGACAACAUUAAGUUGAGACAACGUGUUUAUUAACUUUAGCUUUUCUCUCUUCAUUUCUCUUGAUAAUGUUGGUAAUGCUCGCUGCAUAAACAAACAGUCUCUCUUGAUGCAACAACUCUCAGCAACUCAAAAAAAAAGUACUUUCAACAACAAUUGGAAUUUCUUCUCGGUUUUGUAUUGCUGUUGAUCAUCAGUUUCUUACGAAAGAGCGAUCAACGUGCAUCAUAUGAUCCGGUGCUAGUUCGGGUACGAAAAAAAAGUCGUGUCCUAAUGAAUCAAUCACAAGUUCUAACUGUAUCGAUUUUUAAAGAAAGAUUUGAAUGCUAAUGUGCUAUAAAAGAUCAUUUUUAGGGAAGAAUUUAUCAUAGUUCCGUGAAUAAUUUAAAUAAAUAUAUUUAUUGUGUGGCUAUAUAUAAUAUAAUAAUAAAUAAAAAUAGAACGUAGAAGUGAAGCUGACGACAUAGCUUUUAAGUUAAGCUCAAAUAGUCUUAAGUUGUUGACGAACUCUUUGUCUUUUUUUGCGGACAACAUACAUAAAAAAAAAAUUAAUAUGAAGGAAUUUAAAGAACCCAUGGAACAAGCUGUGUGUGUUGCCAUUAAAAAAAUAAAAUAAAAAAAUAUACAAUAAACAUUCAAUAGCUGAAAUUCCAAAUGGUUGAGAAAUCAGACACAGAAAACAGUAGUACGAUGGACGACAAUGAGAAUUACCUUGAGCUUUCCAAAAUGAAUUUUUCACCAUUUCAUUUUCAUCAAGCCAACGUGAAUGUGAAUCAAUUUGCUAAGUUUGCCCAAAAUUUGCCGACACCAAGUCAGGUACUCAGUCUUGUGUCAGGCAGCGAUGGAAAUGUGCAAUUUUUACAGGCUCAACCGCAAAUGACAACGCCACAGACAACAUUAAAUCCAACACAAACUUAUAUUACACUGCCAAUUACAAUUCCGCCUGCAAAGCCAGGCGAUGCGACUCAAACGUUUCAAAUUCAAGUACUAAAUCCAAAUCCAGUUCCGCCAAAAUUUCAAAUUCCUAUAGCAGGCUUACAGCAACACGGAACAACUGUUUUAACUGUUGCAUAUUCGCCACAAGAUGGCGAAAUCGUACCAAAUCAGACAGAAGGUGCUCCCGUGACUGUAUUAGCGGCAAUUCAACCUCAAGAUUUACAACUUUUGGCACAACAAAAUGGCCUAGCUGCUCAGCAACAUUUACAGCAAACUUUACAGGCUCAACUUCAUCAUCAUCAGCAGCAGCAGCAGCAACAACAACAACAUCAACAGGGAUCAGAUUCUGAUGAGAAUCAUGAAAAGGAAUUUACGCGGAUAAUUAAAACUGAGCCAUCAUUUUGGGGACAAUCACCCAUAACAAUUUCAACAGCACCAAAUGCAAUAACGACUGAUCUUAGUGAAUUCUUUCAUACGCGGAGCAUUAAUAUGCAACCAUAUCUAAAAUUUAAUACUGAAGGCAUCAAUAUUAAAAAGGAGCUUUAUAAUGAUGCAAUAACUCAAAUUCAAUUAACAGACAAUAAUAAUGUGCUGAGCAUUAAUAACAAUUUUAAUUCAGAUAAUAGCAAUAAUCAUAUAGGAAGUUCGAAUAAUUUAGAUGAUGAGGAACAGAAUCCGGAUAUUGAGAGUACAUCACAGCAUGAGAAUGGUGACGAGGAGAAAAUUGAGCUAGACGCAAAUGGGAAAGUGAAAAAGAAGAGAAAAAUUAAGAAAAAGGCACCAAAACCAAAACGACCUAAACCUGGACAAGUUCAUAUAGCGACGGCAAUUGAUGGAACUAUUCUCUUUUGUUGUCCCGAAUGUUCAAUGGCCUAUCCGGAGAAAGAGAGUCUCGAGCAGCAUUUAGCUGUUCAUAAAAUUGAGAGGCGGUACAUUUGUGACAUUUGCGGAGCUGGAUUAAAGCGAAAAGAGCAUCUUGAAAGGCAUAAACUUGGACAUAAUCCUGAGCGACCGUAUGUCUGUAAUGUCUGUAUGAAAGGAUUUAAACGAAAAGAGCAUCUAAAUCUUCACAUUGUGAUUCAUAGUGGACUUAAAACUGAGAUCUGCUCUGAGUGUGGGAAAGGCUUUUAUCGAAAAGAUCAUCUUCGAAAACACAUAAAAUCACAUCAAACGAAGCGAGCGAAAGAGGAAGCAAACGCAGCAAAUGCAAUUCAACAAUCAACGACGGAAUCGACGAGUAAUUGUGAAAUUUUACCAAUAAUUAAGCGAGAAGUGACAUCACCUAACUGUUCACCAAAUCAGCAAUCGAGUGAAGAAAUGUCCACAAAUACGGCAGUUUCAAUUCCACAAUAUACGCUCCCGCGGGAAGUCACUAUUCAUGUGACGAGCAAUAAUACGACUCUGCCUGUACAAAUUCAACUUCCUCAACUCAUUACAACGUCUACGCCUUCAGGAGAAGUUAUUGUAAAAAUACCAGACUCAUGAUCUAUAUAGAAGAUCGCCUAUUUAUGAACAUUAAUUAUAUUCAUGGCACGCAUGAUGAAAAUGAACUUAAGGAACGUGGCACACAGAAUUAUUGUGUGUGUGCUUUCAUCUCAUUCUCAUAUUGAUGGUACCUACUCGAAAUUAUUUUUAUUUGUAACAAUUCUACAUUCCAACGUUCUGAAUUUUUUUUGUUGUAAACUGAAUUAUAUUAAUGAUGAAUUAUUUUUGAGGAGGCUUGAAUUGGGUUCUGAUGAUAAUCUUACUGAUUAAAUAAUGAUACUUUUUGGAAGCGAGAUUUUAUAAACAGCACACAUUUGCUGUAUAAUAUUAAACUAGAAAAAAGGUGAUCACACGUGAUUGACCGAAGCAAUUUUCCCCACACAGAAUUCGAGUAGAAAAUAAAAUUCGAAAACUUAAAACAUUUGUAAAAUAACGGUCAAGAAAUAUUUGGAAAAAAAACUGUCGAAAAUUAUUUGGAUAGAUACUUUAGUGUAACCUGCCAAAAAUUUAUUUUACCUCUAUAAUUUCAACAUUACCUAUACAAUUUCAAAUUUAUUCUAGCCGUUGUAAAAUUUGAACUUCAAAAGACCGUUAAAUGAUAAAGUCUUUCUAUAUAGGCAUUCAUUGUAAUUAUUUGUUAAUUACAUUUAAAAUAAUGAUCUGUAAAUGAACUCAAAUUAAUUCAGGCCUCCAAGAAUCAAAGUAAGACAAAAGAAUCGUGUGUAGAUUAAUUAUUUAAAAGAAAAUGAAACAAAAAAAAAUCUCAAGUACUCAAAUCAGUAAUAGUAAUAUUUAUGAUCAAUUUAAGGAAGAGAAAUGUUGUUUUCUCUUUACGCGAUUAAUUCUUUUAUAUGUUGUUGUUGUUUUUUUUAUGAUAAAUGUAUGUUUUUUAAGAUAUUAAAUAAGUUUCUCUUAUCCACAUUUCUCAUGAAAUCCAAUGAAAAUAUAAUUUUGUAUUAUUUCAUUUCCUUUAAAAGAUCUAGACAUGCUGUACAUAUUUAUUCUAAAAAUAAGGAAAAACACAAUGACGAAAUUAAAGAGAAGUUUUCUGGUAGUUAAAUAAAGUUUUUAAAAAGUUAUUUUUUCUAAUGAAUCAAAAUUUAUUGGUUUUUAUUAAUUUUCUGUGCCUUUAUAACUAGGAUCGCAUGCUGACAGCUUCUUAAAACCAUCCACAACUUCUUGAUCAACAUUAGAUUCACAGUUAUUUUGAUAUAAAUAAUUUGCAGAAAAGUGGAUUGGAUCUUCUGGACGAAGCUUUGUGACUUCUACGAAUGCAUCAGCAACUUUUGGAAGCACAAAUUUCAUCAAGUAUUCACGAACUGGUAGACUUUCUUGCUCCAUUUUAAGAAAUUGUUUCUUUUUCUCUUCCAUAACUUGCUUAUUCUGUUAAUUAAUUAAAAUAUAUAUUAUAAGACUAGCAAUUAGCACACAAAGCUGUUAAAUUCAACUCCUUACCCAUUCUUCGAGUUUCUGUUGAUUCUCUUCCAAUUCUUUUUGUGCUCUUUUCUUGGCAAUUUCAUCUCGUUCAGAUGCUUUUUUAUCAGCAAUCAGCUUUUUAAUUUUAUUUAUUUCAUCUUGCUCAUCUUUUGACAGGCCAUAAGUGUGUGCAUGUCCAAUUUGGAAUGUCAAAUUUUCAAAUAUUUCUUGAAUUUCGCUAUCAUCUAAUUCAUGAUUGAUUGUUAUUUCAAUUGGGAUAAUGUCAUGAUCAAGGAAAAAGUUCAGGAUGGAAGCUUCUUUGUCAUGCUUUUCACUUAAAAAAACAAAUACGUGGAAAACAGCAUAAAAUACAAACCAUAAAACUCACUUGUAAUCCCUUAAAUCCUGUUGAACAUUAUUCUAUUCACGUGCGGUGACUUCUUUCUGGCAGUCUACAUCAGUUGUGACACUUAUAUUAAUCAAAAUCACAUGAUUAGGCUUAAUCUCAUCUCCAAAACUGUCAUUAUGCAACUAGUGUAUCGGGUAGAAACCCAAUGCGGAUAUAUUCACACCGUACCAUCAAAAGUCUGAUGUAGAGUCCAAGAUUUGCUCAGCAUAAGUUUGAAGGGUGGGCGUGAAGUACGGCCUAGACCCAUAUCGACACAGUUCAAAAGAUAUACCUAAUUUGUGUCAUAAUUAUGUCAGCUACAAAAACACUUAGUUUGAAUUUUGUCACCCUCGGGAACACUAUGAACCAGUAAAGCUGAUUUUGGUCCAAAUCUCGGCCAUACUUCACACUUAUUUGAACCAUAUUUUCUCGUAAAUGUUGAAAUAUUAUUAAAAAGUAAUUAAUCCUGAAUUAUGUCGCUAUUUUGUCAAGUGCUUUAAGAUAAAGAAUUUGUUUUUUGGUUUCCACUGUGAAGAGUAUGAACAAAAUUCAGAUGGGGUAGUCGAAAUUUUAGAUUUCGAUUAUUUUAAGCUAUGCAUUACAAAAAGUAAUAUUGGUAUGUGAUUUAUUUCAGAAUUAUGUCAAUUCAAAUAAAACAUCCAAAAAAUUUUUUUGAUAAAAGUUCACCAUAGAAAAUCAAUUUUCAAUUUUGGACUAGGGGCGACCCUAGUCAAAAUCAAUUUUGUCACUUUUUUCUUCGAGGGUUUAUACAAAUGGAUUGAAACUUUGCAUAAAUAUUCUAGUGCUUAGAACAAAUACAAAUAAAACAUCCCAAAAGUUUUUUGAGCAAAGAAACAAGUAGGAAAUACAUUUUCAAUUAUGAACUUGGGACAGGUCCAGUCAAAAUCUAAUUUUUCACUUUUUUCUUCGAGGAUAAAUCCAAAUACAGUAAAACUUUGUAUGAGCAUUCUAAUCCUCAGGUCACACAUUUCUGAAUUAAUAAAAAUCAUUUUUUGGAUAAAAUUUUAAGUCACGUUGUUUUUGAAUGUACAACCAAAUUUAUAAAAUUUGGGUCUGACGACAUAUAGAAUACAUUUCUUGCUUUAGAUAUUUAAAACUGUUUUGUAUAAUUAUUAGUAUACUCACACAAAGUUUCAAUGGAAUUGGAUAAACCUUCGAAGAAAAAAGUGACAAAAUUUAUUUUGACUAAGAUCGCCCCUAGUCCAAAAUUGAAAUUGUAUUUCCUACUUGGUUCUUUGCUCAAAAAAAUUUUUGGAUGUUUUAUUUGUAUUUGUUUUAAGCAUUAAAAUAUUUAUGCAAAGUUUCAAUCCAUUUGGAUAAACCCUCGAAGAAAAAAGUGACAAAAUUGAUUUUGACUAGGGUCGCCCCUAGUCCAAAAUUGAAAUUGUAUUUCCUACUUGGUUCUUUGCUCAAAAAGAUUUUUGGAUGUUUUAUUUGUAUUUGUUUUAAGCAUUAGAAUAUUUAUGCAAAGUUUCAAUCCAUUUGGAUAAACCCUCGAAGAAAAAAGUGACAAAAUUGAUUUUGACUAGGGUCGCACCUAGUCCAAAAUUGAAAUUGUAUUUCCUACUUGGUUCUUUGCUCAAAAAAAUUUUUGGAUGUUUUAUUUGUAUUUGUUUUAAGCAUUAGAAUAUUUAUGCAAAGUUUCAAUCCAUUUGGAUAAACCCUCGAAGAAAAAAGUGACAAAAUUGAUUUUGACUAGGGUCGCACCUAGUCCAAAAUUGAAAUUGUAUUUCCUACUUGGUUCUUUGCUCAAAAAAAUUUUUGGAUGUUUUAUUUGUAUUUGUUUUAAGCACUAGAAUAUUUAUGCAAAGUUUCAAUCCAUUUGGAUAAACCCUCGAAGAAAAAAGUGACAAAAUUGAUUUUGACUAGGGUCGCACCUAGUCCAAAAUUGAAAUUGUAUUUCCUACUUGGUUCUUUGCUCAAAAAAAUUUUUGGAUGUUUUAUUUGUUUUUAUUUUAAGCACUAGAAUAUUUAUGCAAAGUUUCAAUCCAUUUUUAUAAACCCUCGAAGAAAAAAGUGACAAAAUUGAUUUUGACUAGGGUCGCCCCUAGUCCAAAAUUGAAAUUGUAUUUCCUACUUGGUUCUUUGCUCAAAAAAAUUUUU